UCGUAGUCAAGUCAUUGUGAUCUAAAGUCUCAACCAAACUUGUCAAGAUGUUGUUCAGCUGCUUUGUACUGCUACUCGCAUUUGAUUUCCUGUCUGCAGGACGAGUGCCGCAACCGGAAGAACGCAUUAUCGGAGGAAGUCCCAUUGAAAUCGAACAGGCUCCCUGGCAGGUUUCCUUACAAUUUCAAGGAAAGCAUUUAUGUGGCGGCUCCAUUUACAGCAAAGAUAUUAUAAUCACUGCUGCACAUUGCAUUUUUACAUUGGAUGAACGACAACUUGAGGCCGAAGACUUUGAAAUUCGCGUAGGAUCCGCAUUAAGCGAUUCCGGCGGAAGACUUAUCAAAGUUGCAGCCAUUAAGUCCCACGAGUCUUUUGACAUGGGUUCAAGUACCGACGACAUUGCUGUGAUGCGAUUAAGUGAACCGCUGGAGUUCAACAACAAAGUACAGUCGAUUCCUUUGGCCGAGAAGAAUCCAGCUGUUGGAUCGCCCGCAUUCCUUUCUGGCUGGGGAGCCAUGGCGGAGCCCUACUUUAUGAACUAUAUAUAUCCUAGAAAUCUUCAAGGCAUAUGGCUCCAGAUUUACUUGCCGGUCUUCGCUGAAAAACUAUUUCCCUCACGUCAGAAUGUAAUUUACGCCGGAUCUUUUCGACAAACUCCUUGCUCUGGCGACUCCGGUAGUCCUCUCGUUGUAAACCAACAACAAGUGGGUGUCGUCUCAGGAGGUCCGGAGUGGUGCAAUGGUUAUGCAGAUUUCACCAGUGUCCCUUACUACCGGGAAUGGAUUUUAAAUGCCAUUAAGUCUAUUUCAUAAAAUGUACAAAAGUAUACACAAUAAAUACAAAUUCAACAUGGCAGGCUUCUAAAGCAAACUUUUAAA